AUGUAUGAGAAACAAGACAAACAAGGGGUUAUUGAAAAGCCUAGGCCCAGAGUUAGUGUACGUAAAACCGAGGUGUUUAAAUGUAACACAUGCCCUUUUCAUGCAAAUACAGAUACUCACACAUUAAAUGAAUGUAAAACAUUUAAGAAAAAAUCUGUGUCUGAAAGAAAAAAGUUUCUGAAAGAUCACAAUAUUUGCUACAAAUGUUGCAAUGCUGUAGACCACAAUUUUAAAUCAUGUACAUUUACAGGUAGAUGCAGCGAAUGUGAUAGCGACAGACACCCGUCUGCCUUACAUUAUUUUCAGAGUGUAUCCCAAAAGGAUCACGGCAGGGAGAGACCAUCUACGAACAACCAGCGGCCACCUACCUUUGGUACAGAUCAGCAGGUGCGUAGCAGUUGCACAAAGGUAUGUGGUAAGGGCUUUUCUGGUAAGUCGUGCUCCAAAACCGUACUAGCCAAAGUCUACCCUAAUGGUCAGCCGGCAAGGGCCAGAACUGUGUAUUGUAUCCUUGACGACCAGAGCAACCGUACUUUGUGUAGGCCGGAACUUUUUGAUAUAUUGUGUACAGACUCGGAGUCCGUUGGUGAAGAAUGCUACACCCUUGUAUCGUGUUCAGGAAGUUUCCAGACUAGUGGUAGGACGUUAAGUGGGCUUACAGUGUCUGCACUUGAUGAUAGUUUUAGUAUAUCGCUACCCAGAGUGCUAGAAUGUGUACAGAUUCCAGACACACAUUCUGAAAUACCGACGCCGGAAGUUACACAGUACCACGAUCACCUGAGUGAUAUCCCGAUUCCUCCACUAAGACCAGAUGUUGACAUAGUAUUGUUGAUAGGCCGUGAUGUCCCAGACGCCCACCAUGUAUACGAACAACGCCUUGGAAGACCUAAUGCUCCAUUCGCACAGAGGCUUGGGUUGGGCUGGGUAGUAGUAGGUGAGGUGUGCCUAGAUGCGCAUAAAUCAAACGUCAACGUAAUGAAGACGUAUAUACAUAGUGAUGGAAGGCCGUCGCUGUUCCAGCCAUGCGAAAGUAAGAUUGCCGUGAAAACGACAAACAACGAUAUAUUCAUAGAGACUGCGAAUGACAAUAAACAAGGAUUAUCCAUAGAAGAUAAGGAGUUUGUGAAGAUGAUGGACCUAGAAUUUUGUCAGGACGAAACCGGUCAUUGGUCAGCACCUUUACCUUUUCGUACUCUGCGAGUUCGACUACCAAACAACAAAGCUGAGGCUUAUAGAAGAGCCAAGAGUCUAGACGCAUCAUUAAGACGGAACCCUACAAAACAGAAACACUGUAUGGAAUUCAUGAGAGGUAUUCUCGACAAAGGGCAUGCGGAGCUUGCACCAAGUCUACAAGACGAAGAAGAAUGUUGGUAUUUACCAUUGUUUGGCGUCUAUCACCCAAUGAAAAAAGACAAGAUAAGAAUAGUCUUUGAUUCAUCAAGCAAACACGACGGUGUGUCAUUAAACAGUGUUCUUAUGAGUGGACCAGACCUAACUAACAGUUUAGCAGGAAUUCUCAUGAGAUUCAGGAAAGAGAAGGUUGCCAUCACCGGCGACAUAGAACAAAUGUUUUAUCAGUCCACAAUCAUCACCGAAAUUACCUGA